CAUUUUUUUCUGCCCUCCCAUCUCCCAUUUUUCCAUAAGUUAUUGCCUCAAGACCAAAUGGCCCCCUUGGAAUUUUUGCCCCUUGUUUAACCCGUUGGGCUCUGGGCACAGACGUGCCUGCAAGCAUACAUUCAUACGCUGUGUUGUGUGGAAACUCAAUGACACAACUGUUUAGCAGACUCCUGGCCUCCCAUUUCCCACACCCUCCAGGCCCCCUCGGAGAUUUCCAGGUCAGGAAAGGGCACGGGCUGAGAUUCAUUCCUUGGGAAGCGGAGCCACUGUCGCAAACGGUCACAGGCGGCGGUUCUCUCCUUUUACAGUCCUCUCUUCGGUCAUCUGACUGCAGCUCGCCAAGUUCGGAUCUGUGAGGAUUUGAUUUCCACAGCUUUGGACUUAGCGUCGGAUCACGGUCGUCACCGGCGGCCUUCAUCGGAGGCCUUCAUCGGAGCUGACAGGGAGGGAAGAUGUGGCGUGCAGUCGGCGGCGUUUGACAGCAGAGGAGUCAUUUUGGAAUCGAGUGUAGAGAGUUUGGGCUGAGGGGCACGAGACAUUACCGGAGCUGCCCAGCUGAGGUGAAGGGGAGGGCAUAGGAUCCCAGUGCAGCCUGAGUGUGGAUGACCUGCCACCCCUGGAAAACAAGGACCAUGAUCUGAAGAGGGCACAGCACACCAAACCCCGUUCUUCCUCUCCUCCUCCUCCCUAUCUUAUUUUUUUGUAUAUAUUUUUGUUUUAAAUCUACGGGGCGACAGCCUCCCUGCCCGGCUGCUUCCGACAGAGUCCGCGUGCACGGCGAGGACAAACGGAAAGAGACCAGACAUUUAAGGAGGAAGACAUACAGCGACAGCUACCCCCCACCCCCCCUCUCCCUUGCCCCUCCCACACCGGAAACAUGGGGAGGAAAAAGAUUCAGAUCCAGAGGAUCACUGAUGAACGCAACAGACAGGUGACGUUCACCAAGCGGAAGUUCGGUCUGAUGAAGAAGGCGUACGAGCUGAGCGUCCUGUGCGACUGCGAGAUCGCCCUCAUCAUCUUCAACCACUCCAACAAGCUGUUCCAGUACGCCAGCACCGACAUGGACAAGGUCCUGCUCAAGUACACCGAGUACAACGAGCCGCACGAGAGCCGGACCAACGCCGACAUCAUCGAGGCUCUGAACAAGAAAGAGCACCGGGACUCUGAGAGCCCAGACCCCGAGGAGCCCUUCUCCCUCACCCCCCGCACUGAGGAGAAAUACAAAAAAAUUGACGAGGAGUUUGAUAAAAUGAUGCAGAACUAUAGGCUGUCAUCCACAGUCCCACAGCCCACCUUCUCCAUGCCAGUCACCGUGCCAGUAUCCAAUCAGAACGCGGCGGCGGCCCUCCAGUUCAGCAACAACCCCGGCGGCGCCCUGGUCACCACCACCUCCUAUGUCACCUCCACCCUCACAGACCCCCGCCUCCUGUCGCCACAGCAACCGGCUCUGCAGAGGAACACCGUGUCGCCAGGGUUACCACAGCGACCAGCCAGCGCAGGAGCUCUGUUAGGAGACAUGGGGAACUCAAAUGGAGCGUGCCCGAGUCCAGUCCCUAACGGCUACAUCAGUGCCAGGGCCUCCCCAGGCCUCCUCUCCGUCUCCAAUGGCAACAGCCUGGGGAAAGUAGUCCCGGCUAAGUCUCCGCCUCCGCACAGCCCUCAGAUGGUCAACAGCCGCAAGCCGGACCUGAGGGUCAUCACCUCGCAGAGUGGCAAGAGCCUCAUGCAGCUGACAGAGGAAGAGCUGGAGUUGGUGAGUGAGAAUGCUCAGCGGCUAGGUGGCUCCCAGGUGGUGCAGUCGCUCACCACGCCAGUGGUCUCCGUGGCAACACCCAGUCUCCUGGCGCCCUUCUCCGGCAUGCAGACGGCCUACAACACUGAGUACCAGCUGACGAGCGCGGAUCUCACGGCGCUCCAGACGUUCACACCACCGGGGCUGGUGCCUGGCAACAUGGCUGCCUGGCAACAGCAACCCACAGUCUCCCAGCAACAGCAGCAACAGCAGCAGCAGCAGCAGCAGCAGCAACAGUCCCAGCAGCUGAGCCUGGCGUCGCUCAGUAACUUGGUCAUGUGGGGUGCAGAGAAACAGAAUGCAGAGAUGGUUAACUGCAUCUCCAAUUUUGCUGCUAACCUGAGCUUGGCCUCUCAGUCCAACUUGCUCUUUGGCAGGGAGGACGGCCUCUGCUGGCCGGUGGGGCACAUACCUCAGGGCGCCGCACUGACCGUCAACACAAACCCCAACAUCAACAUAAAGUCUGAACCUGUCUCCCCAAACCGCGACCGCAGCACUCCCAGCUCCACCUGCGGCACCGGGGGUGGGGGAGGCGGGGGUGGAGGCGGCCAGAUACAAGUCCAGGGACAAGGUCUGGUGUCGGUGGCCUACCCUGGUACCCUGCGCCUGGAAGUGGGCGGCCAAGGCCGCUCGCCGGUCGACAGCCUCAGCAGCAACGGCAGCUCGUACGAGGGCAGCGACCGGGACGACGGCGCCCAGGGGCGGGGCGGCGGGAUUCCGGACUUCCUCCACCAGGGCGGCGCCGGGGGCCAGCAGCCCACCAUGGUCCUCCUGCGGCCCUCGUCGGCCGAGCCCCAGGAGCAGGACGGGACCAACGUCAAGAGGAUGAGACUGGAUACCUGGGUCACAUGAAGAGACGAGCGGAGAGGGACGGAUGGACGGACGGACAGAUGGAGGAUGGAGAUGGAGAUGUGUACUUGUGGCUUGUGUACAUGCCCCCAUCAGCCCUAAUGCCCCUCAAUCUCCUUCUUCGUGCAUUCUCACACACACACAUAUAAAUAUAUAUAUUUAUACCCGCCAUCGACCCAGUUACCUUCUGUCCAAACAGGAAACGCUGACCUCACACACACACACACACACACACACAGACACAACACGAGCAUGCUAACACGCCGUCGUGUCGUCGCACGUGUGGACACUGACACACACUUGUAUGGCAAUGUGCAUACACAUUUGAACUCUAAUGUACUUUCUCACACACACACACACACACACACACAAAAAACCCCAAAGGGGUUGAGCCACCAAACCAGGGAUUAUUUG